AGAAAGCGACCUUCCUAUGCGAUGGGGAGGGGAUGCUGCCUGCCUGCAGCGGCGCAGGAGCUGGGAAGAGGCUGGUGCAGGCACAGGGAGAUUUACUGGUCGGGAGGUGCACCCGCUUUGGCCCCUGUGACGAGGAGGCUUCACCCUGCGAGCUACUGAGCGGUCUGUUGUGCCCUGUGAGGCAGCAGGGGGCCUGGGGAGCAUCCCAGCAGCAGAGGUUUUGUGGCCCCCGCUCUGUGUUCUGGUGGGGUGAGCAGUGGUGCCUGCGUGCCUCUUGCUGGAGCUGCUCUGUGGUGCAGCCCACAGAAGCAAUGCUCUGACUCCGGAAACACGCGGAGCUUACGGCUGCCUCCCCUGCCCCAGAGCAGCUCUCCACUGGCAGCCUGCUGCAGACAGUUGUUGAGUUCCACUAAUUGUUCAUCCUAAGAGGCCAGAACUGGGUGUGGACGGCAGCUCUUCCUCUAGGCUGGCAGCUGGAGGGGCCGGAGUCCAUCCCUAUCCAAGGUCUUUGCCCUCUUGCUCUCGUCUGCAUGAGCAGCAACCAGCAUGCUGCCUGCCUGGCGCUGGGGGCUUCGGGAAGCACAUCUUCCUGCUGCCGGCCCUCGUGGUGUGAGGAAGCUCCCCAGGAGGCAGGAAGGCUCUGCCCAGUUAAGGCCUCAGACUUAUUGCUGGAGGCGGAGGGGCUGCUGGAAGGCGUUUGUCUGCCUGGAAGGUGUUGCUGAUGGCUCGGGGUUCCCUGGUGCUGCCCAGCAGCGUGCUGUCAGCACCCCACCCUGAGCCCCAGCUCUGAAUACUGGAGGAAGAGCUUGAGAAACUGGGGCUCUGCCUCCCAGAGAGGUGGAUCCAGGCAGGGCUGCGGCGGCUCCAGCCCUGCCCUGUGCCCUGCUGAGUGGUGGGCAGCCUGCCCCCGCCGUGGGGAGCCAGGGCUUUGUUCCCUGAUGUGAAUGAGCCCAGUCCUCGCUGCACUCGAUGCUGCAGUGCCUGCUAGGAGCCUCUGAAAGCACCAAGGAUUUUCCUUCCACGAGUAACUUUUUGUGCCGUAACCAAACCGUCUCCUCAUUUCUUUCCUCCUCCUCCUCCUCCAAGAUAUUUUCUUCACCUUUGAGUCAUUUCUGGGAAAGAGCUGACCAUACCUUCACGUUUAAAGCGUUUUGUUGUAGAACGUGGAUUGAACGUUGCACAACUCGGGUGUGUGGAGCAGCUGAGGGGUGACGGUGCUUCCCUGCUUGCACCUCCUGUCUGCUUGGACUUUGGAGCCUGAAGUUUGUGCCGAGUGCCCCCCAGUCCUCGUCAGCUGCUGCUCUGUGGGACGUGCAGCCCCUGGCGCCUUGUUGGUCCGGCUCUUCCUGUCUGUAGAUGGAGAGCGUUGCCUCUGGGUGUGCUGAGAUGUAUUUGAGCGAGCCCAGCAUACCAAGUGACUCAGAUCCCUGGAUGAGUUUCCUUGCUUCCUAUGAGAUGUCGAUCUCAAAAUAUCAUCAGGAAAACAUCAUUUACUUCCUAUCAUGAGCAAAACAGACACUGCGUUGUGGAUUCUCGCCCCUCUCCUGGGCCCACGUAAGGUCCAUCAGCAGGCACUGAGGUUUCGCAGUGACAGGAACCUCUGGGGUCUCAGUCAGCAGUGCUGGCUGCCCUGGUGCAACCUGUCUCACUGCACAGCCCUUCCCAGGUGCUGGGUCAGAAGGCUGCGCCCUGGGCCUCUGUGGCUGUGUCUCAUCCACACCUUUUAUGUAAUGGCUUUUGUUAACCCAGUGGAACUUUCCAAGGAGUAAAAGCAACUUUAUUUGAAAUGGUGAAUUUUCAAAGCCUGCUCAGCUGGUCCCUGUUACCUUUUACCAAUGCAGUCAGCCCCUCUGGUGCCAGAUGUCCAGCUCUGUACAGCCUCAGCCUUCUGCUUUCUUCAGUUCUGGCAUAAUUUUCGCACUCUCCUGACCUUUGCAGUUCCUCCUGUAUGCCAAACUUUAUUUGAAAUGGUGGUUGUGAGCCAGUGAUCUGUUUGUACUAUCAAUUGUCUGAGACUGGUGCAAACAACCCUGGUUUGCUGGGUGAGGUCUGCUCUUAGUGCAUUGGAAAACAGUUCCUCCUCCUCCUGUGACACAAGAUGUUGUUCUGCUGCUUCUAGAAGGCUGCUGAAUGCUUUUGCUUUUUUGUGUGUGUGAUGUUUUAGCGCUGCUUUUUUGGGGGAGAAGAGGUGCAGGUGGUACAGGGGGAUGCAGUGCACGCCUUCCAGCGAUUCAGCCCUGGGCUGCGUUGGUGCAGCCGUGUGGUUGGGUGCUGCAGUGAGGGCUGACGACAGGGCAGCCCUGUGUGCAGCAGCUCUGCCUUGUGCUCUGUGGUGCAGAACGCUGCUCCCAGCGGCAGCAGGAAGGGGCUGGCUGUGCAGAGUGGAGCUGCUGCAGGCAGUGGCUGAGGAGGAAGAUGUGUCGGGGCCCUGGGAGCUGGAGCGUGCUGGGAAGAGAAGCGCGGAAUCAGGGCUGGAGGCCGACGGCUCUGAGGGGCAGGGGGAGCAGGAAGCAGUCAGCUGCACGGCCUGCGGAGAGCCAGAGGAGGAGGAGGAGACGGAAGAGGAGGAAGGGAGCUGCUGCAGUGAGGAAGGGGAAGAUGGCGGCAACGUUUACUUCUACUACACCAUUGGCGAGCGCUGGAUAGACUACCUGCAGCGGACGGAGGACAGCGGCUUCCUGCGCCACGUGCGGCCCAAGAUGAAGCGGAAGUCAGAGAACGGCCUGGAUGGCAGAGCGCUGUCUCCUGGUAAAAAGCUGUGCAAGGGCUCAGAGUACAGCAGGACGCUGGGGCCCUGCACGCCCAGUCCCACCACCACCUUUGGGGAUCUGCGCAAUGCCAAAGCUGCCCAGGCCCGGCGCCGCCGCAUCCCCUCCGUUGCUCCUCCUCCCGAGCUGCAGGACUGGCUGCGCACCUUCCAGCGCUGGAGCGGCCCAGAGAAGCUGCUGGCUCUGGAUGAGCUCAUCGACCGCUGCGAGCCCUCCCAAAUCAAGUACAUGAUGCAGGUCAUCGAGCCGCAGUUUCAGAGAGACUUCAUUUCACUGCUGCCCAAGGAGCUGGCGCUCUACGUCCUCUCGUUCCUGGAGCCUCGGGAUCUGCUCCGCGCUGCCCAGACCUGCCGCUACUGGAGGGUGCUGGCUGAAGACAACCUGCUUUGGAGGGAGAAGUGCCGCGAGGAAGGCAUUGAGGAGCCCCUGAACCUGCGUAAGCGGCGCCUGCUGAGCCCUGGAUUCAUGUACAGCCCCUGGAAAUUCGCCUUCAUGCGGCAGCACAAAAUCGACAUGAAUUGGCGCAGCGGCGAGCUUAAAGCCCCCAAGGUGCUGAAGGGACACGAUGACCACGUCAUCACCUGCCUGCAGUUCUGUGGCAACCGGAUUGUGAGCGGCUCGGACGACAACACGCUCAAAGUGUGGUCAGCUGUCACUGGGGAGUGCGUGCAGACUCUCGUCGGCCACACGGGGGGGGUCUGGUCCUCCCAGAUGAGGGACAGCAUUGUCAUCAGCGGCUCCACGGACCGCACGCUCAAAGUGUGGAACGCAGACACGGGCGAAUGCGUGCACACGCUGUAUGGGCACACAUCCACCGUGCGCUGCAUGCACCUGCAUGGCAACAGGGUUGUGAGUGGCUCACGGGACGCCACUCUGCGCCUCUGGGACAUUGAGACCGGGCAGUGCCUGCACGUGCUGAUGGGGCACGUGGCCGCCGUGCGCUGCGUGCAGUACGACGGGCACAAGGUGGUGAGCGGCGCCUACGACUACACAGUGAAAGUGUGGGACCCUGAGAGCGAGAGCUGCACUCACACGCUGCAGGGGCACACGAACCGCGUCUACUCCUUGCAGUUCGAUGGGACGCACAUCGUGAGCGGCUCCCUGGACACAUCCAUUCGAGUGUGGGACGUAGAAAGUGGGAACUGCUUACACACCCUCAUGGGGCACCAGUCGCUUACAAGCGGCAUGGAGCUGCGUGACAACAUCCUCGUGUCCGGCAACGCUGACUCCACAGUAAAGAUCUGGGACAUCAAGACGGGCCAGUGCCUGCAAACACUGCAGGGGCCCAGCAAGCACCAGAGCGCCGUGACCUGCCUGCAGUUCAGCUCCAAGUUCGUGGUGACCAGCUCGGAUGAUGGCACUGUCAAGCUGUGGGACCUCAAGACGGGCGAAUUUGUGCGCAAUCUGGUGGCGCUGGAGAGCGGGGGCAGCGGCGGCGUGGUGUGGCGCAUCCGAGCUUCCAACACCAAGCUGGUGUGCGCGGUGGGCAGCCGCAACGGGACAGAGGAGACCAAGCUGCUGGUGCUGGACUUCGAUGUGGACCUGAAAUGAAGCCGGCCCAUGCAGGCUGGGAGGGAGGAUCCCGCGGGCCGGGCGGAGCAGCUGGUCUUGGUGGGGCUGGCCCCGGAGCAGGCGCUCAGCUCCCCGCGCUCUGUAAAUACUGUUUGCAGCCAUCUGGGCCUUAUUUAUAUAUGUGUGAACUCCCUGGGGGGAGCCUGCGCCCAGCUGGGGCACUGUACAGAGGAAGCAGCAUGUUUUGUACGCGCUAAUAUAUCGAUUUAUUUCUGUACCUGGA